CUCGCUAUGAAUUCUUUCUUCGCUUUGAUCCGAAGCUGAAGUGUGACGCGUUCAGUCUUCUCGCUGUAAUAACUAUUUUCUUUGCUAUCCCAUUUUGCAAACAUGGCCUUGAACAAACUGGGAAUCGCCGAUGUGGAUGUGAAAGACAAGAGAGUUCUUAUGAGAGUUGACUUCAACGUUCCACUGAAAGGCAAGGAAAUUACAAACAACCAAAGAAUUGUGGCCGCUCUCCCCUCCAUCAAGCACUGUCUGGAAAAGGGGGCAAAGUCUGUGGUACUCAUGAGUCAUCUUGGUCGUCCAGAUGGCAGAGUCCAGGAAAAGUACUCAAUGGCUCCAGUGGCAAAUGAGCUAAAGAAACUGCUUGGAAAGGAAGUGAAGUUUCUUCCUAGUUGCGUGGGGCCUGAAGUGCAGGCUGCAUGUGCAAACCCUGCACCAGGUAGUGUCAUUCUUCUAGAGAACUUGAGAUUUCAUUUGGAGGAAGAAGGCAAAGGUGUUGAUGCUGAUGGCAAUAAGGUGAAAGCAAAUGCUGACGCAGUAAAAGUGUUUCGAGAAUCUUUGGCAACACUAGGAGAUAUUUAUGUCAAUGAUGCAUUUGGCACCGCCCACAGAGCUCAUAGUUCAAUGGUAGGAAUUGACCACCCAAAGAAGGCUGCAGGUUUUCUUCUGAAGAAAGAGCUGGACUAUUUCGCCAAGGCUCUGGAAUCACCAGAACAACCUUUCCUUGCAAUUCUUGGAGGUGCUAAGGUUGCAGAUAAAAUCCAGCUUAUUGAAAACCUUCUUGACAAAGUAAAUGACAUGAUUAUUGGAGGGGGGAUGGCUUACACAUUUACCAAGGUCCUGAACAACAUGGAGAUCGGUGACUCGCUGUUUGACCAGAAAGGAGCUGAAAUUGUGCAGAAGCUGUGUGACAAGGCAAAGGAGAGAGGGGUCAAACUUUAUCUCCCCGUUGACUUUAUCACAGCCAACAAGUUUGCAGAAGAUGCAGAGGUCGGCAGUGCUACUGUGGAGUCAGGAAUACCUAAGGGAUGGAUGGGACUUGAUUGUGGCCCAAAAACUGUUGAAACUUUCAAGGCAGUUAUUGGCAAAGCCAAGACCAUUGUUUGGAAUGGUCCUGUUGGUGUAUUCGAGUUUGCCAAGUUUGAUGCAGGGACCAAGGCAGUCAUGGAUGCUGUUGUUGACGCUACUAAGAAUGGCGCAACAUCCAUCAUUGGUGGUGGAGAUACCGCCACGUGCUGCGCCAAAUGGGGCACAGAAGACAAGGUCAGUCACGUGAGUACAGGAGGAGGGGCCAGUCUCGAACUUCUGGAAGGUAAAACUCUGCCCGGUGUCGCUGCGCUGUCUAGCCUCUGAACUUCAAUACGGACGGAGAACUGCGUAGACGCGUCGAAAAGUCAUGUGCAAUCACCUACUGUAACUCCUUCUCUUGCACAAAUUUCUAAAAGGAUCCUCGAAGAAGGGGAAUAGAUUCGCAAAGUAGAUAACAUACUAAAAGUAGAGGAAAAGAACUAUACUCAAAAUAAUUUAUAACAGUCAAACUUUGAGAAUAAAAUAUGAACUUCGAACAAA